CACUCCGGCCCGGGGCCCCUGCGCUCCUGGCCUUGGCACCACGUGUCUGUCCCUUCUGGCCAAGACGCUCUCUGCCGAGCAGCGGCCCCAGCUUCCGGAGCCCGGGGAAGAGCUGUCGGGUGUGGGGGAGUCGGCGCCCCCCGCCCGGCCCUUCCCUGCCUCUGCAGGUGGCCGGGAGCCGGGAAGCGCUGCCGAGCAGGGAGGCGAGAUGCAGGCGGCUUAGGGGGCGACCCCAGCGUGAGGGCCGCGGAGAGAGGCCACUUGGCCGGCGAGAGCGCUGGGUGCUGCUCUUCCAGACCCCGGCCUGGUCAUGGCGCAUACAGCGCAGGCCUCUGGUAAGGGAGCUGCGAUCUCAGAUGAAGAUGAAUUAGGUGAGUGGACUCUGGGGAAUGGGGGUACAGCAACCUCAGGUAAGUGCAAGUGCUCUAGGCCCAUGCGAGUGCAGACUCAGUGCAUGGAACCCUGGCUGGAGCAACGGGGGCAGAUAUCAUGUAAGUGUGGUCUGCAGUGGGAGGGGCAAUGCAAGGCACAGCCUGCUGUCCUUCCUCAUGCACCCUCCCCAUGAAGUCAAUUCCAGGGCUUCAGCAUUGGGCCCAAAGAGCAGGUAAGGGAAUACCUGGGAAAUGGGACCACAUACAAGCCAACAGCUUGCAGGCAUGCCUCCUGCAGCAUUCCAGGAAUCCACCUGCACGCUUUCCAAACCACCGAGGGACCUGGCAGCCAGGAGAACCGCGAGGGUGCUACAAAGCUCACACACGCUGAGAAGAGUGAUCUCAUCAGUUACCAUUCCAUACAGCCAACAUCUACCACUAGGAAAACAGUGGGACGUCCUGGAAUAUGAGAGGCAAACAAAAAUCAUCGAAGAGUUAAUUAAGGAGGAUGGAUUCCAGCCACAAGCCCCGCCCUUCCUCUCCAAGGCGUCUCCCAAGGGCACGGCCAAGCUGGUGCCCAGGGGCUCAAACCCAGCCGGGCCCACUCGGAUGCUGAGGCUAAUGGAGCCGACCGGACCUAGCCCACUGCCAGGCGGCUUGGCCUCCUUUGGCAGCUCCCAUCCCGCCGCGGCUCACGCCCUGCCCCUGGACUCUCAACCUCCCCUGCUCUCGCAGAGCCUCAGUAGCCUGCAACUGACGCCCAGGCUGGUGCCCCGGGGGACAACUCCGCCCCCUGCCAGCCGGCCCCACUGGGCUUCGCCCAUGCGCUCGCCAAAGGAGCAGUUGGAAGACAUGCUGGAGCCUCCCAGGCUGGUGAUCACUGAGCAGCCGAAGCAGCGGGGGAUGCGUUUCCGCUAUGAGUGCGAAGGCAGGUCAGCCGGCAGCAUCCUGGGCGAGAGCAGCACGGAGGCCAGCAAGACCCUGCCAGCCAUCGAGCUGCUGAACUGCCAGAAGUUCCCCGAGGUGAAGGUGAUUGCGUGCCUGGUGUGGAAGGACUGGCCCUACCGCAUCCACCCUCACAGUCUCGUGGGGAAAGACUGCAACAACGGGCUCUGCGAGGUCACCCUGAGGCCCCAGGUCAACCCCAAACACAGUUUUAACAACCUUGGCAUCCAGUGCGUGAAGAAGAAGGAGAUCGAGGCAGCCAUAGAGAAGAAGCUGCAGCUGGGGAUCGAUCCAUUUAAAGCUGGCUCCCUGAAGAAUCACCAGGAGGUGGACAUGAACGUGGUGAGGAUCUGCUUCCAGGCCUCGUACCAGGAGCCCUCAGGACAGAUCCGGCACCUCAGCCCCGUCCUCUCCGAGCCCAUCUUUGACAAGAAAUCCACAAACACAUCAGAGCUGAGGAUCUGCCGGAUGAACAAGGAGUGCGGGCCCUGCACGGGCGGGGAGGAGCUCUACCUGCUCUGCGACAAAGUCCAGAAAGAGGACAUUGCUGUGGUCUUCCGGAGGGACGCGUGGGAGAGCAAGGCGGACUUCUCGCAGGCCGACGUGCACCGGCAGAUAGCCAUCGUCUUCAAGACACCCCCGUACCAGCACCUGGACAUCCUGGAGCCGGUGGAGGUGGAGGUGUAUUUGCAGCGCCUGACAGACAGUGUCUGCAGCGAGCCUUUUCACUUCACCUACCUGCCCAAGGACCAUGCAGACGCAUAUGGGGUGCAUGUGAAGAGGAAGCGGGGGAUGCCGGACGUCCUGGAGGAGCUCUCAGCAUCAGACCCUCACGGGAUUGAAGCCAAGAAGAGGAAGAAGAAGCCAGGUUACAUGGACCAUUUCCUCGUGCCCCAGGCAGCAGAGGAAGGCUUUGCCCUCCACCCCAGCCUGGAGCACAUCACGGUGCCUGAGCCCUUCGAUUUCUGCCUGGGCCCGGACUACGCCUCCUACAGCUGCCUGAACCAGAGGGACAUGCUGCCCGCCGCCUGCUCUCCCAUAGAGCUGCCAGGCUGCCUUGGCCCAGAGUUCCUCUUGGACACCUACAGCCCCGUGCAGAGCAACCCUGCCCCAUUCCUGGCACCUGGGGACAGCUCUGCGGGGGACAUUGAGGGUACGGCCAGUCUGGUUGGAAGUAACAUGUUUCCCAGUCAGUACAAGGAGGCCUACGAGCGGGCAUAGCUGUACACGAGGUUGGGAGACGUGUGAGGAGCAGUCGAGCCUCGUUUCAGACCUGCCCCGGCAGGGAGCCCCUUGUUCUGGCCGGGCAGGGCCUGGAGAUGGGAGGACUGGGCCACUUGGCUUGUUGGCAGAGCUUCCCAGGCCUCUUGGCAGCGAGCACAGAAGAGACUGCUUGUCACUGCAGGGCCUACCUCCAGGAGACCAGCUGAGACCAAGGGGCGUGGAGAGAGAAUGACAGCACGGCCCUCCCCUAAGACUGCGGGCCGUGAGGAGUGUGGCUGCCUGCGAAUGUUCCACCUGGAACUGGAGGGGUUCCACAUCCCAGCCUGUCCAAUUCCACCUCCUAGCAGCCUCCUCGCUGUCAGCAUAGUCACUCUGCAGUUCCCCUUGCUGAACUCCCUCCAUGGGCUGAGGGACUGGCUCGCUGGAGCAGGGCCUGGCCAGAGGGGCUCUGCAGGGGCAUUGUGCCCAGGGUUUGACUGCAAGGGCUGCUGCAGGGGUUCACGCUUUGCACUAUAUUUAUAGGGGUUAGUCGUAGGCACCACUUCCCUGCCAUAAAUGAGACCACCUCAGAGCAAAUGGGGGGCAAACAGUCACUGUCUGGCCCCCAAAUCCUGGCCGAUCAGGGCUGAAGAAAUGUAAGGUCUGCUCCUGUUGUAACCAAUGGCCAGGCUCCCCUGGCCAGAGCCAGGACAGCUGGGCCAUUGGCCUUGCUAUUGAUAAGGGGAUGGUUCCAAGAUCUUCCUGAAGGCCAUGUCUUGUGGAGGCUGGAUACCCCCUCCGCAGCAGUCCCUGCACCUGCUGAUCUGAGGAGGGUGGGACUAGAGCCCAGCCUCACACCUGGCGGUGCUGAGAUGCCAGCUGGAACAGAGCCGCUGGGGAACUGGGCGCCAGGACUCCUGGGGCCUCUCCCCAGCUCCACUGACUCACUCUGUGGCCCUGGGUAGGUCAUUCACCUCUCUGUGCCUGUUUCCCAAGUUGUAAAAUGAGGGUGACGCUGCUCACCCACCACCCAGGUGCGUUGUGAUGGAUGGUAAUAAAAACAAUACAAAUA